GGUGGGGGAGCUGGUAUCGGAGGACAAGGGGGUGAGGUAGAGACUGCGCACACAACCCAGAGGAGAGGAAAAACCCGGACUCCUUAGAAUUGCACACCAGAUACAACGCAAGCAACGACUUAGUCACACUAAAUAGAUUUUGCUAGGGCCAAAAGUAUAAAUAACAAGGCAGAAAAGAAUAUCAAACAACUUGCAGCAGUUUGCACCUAGAGAAAGGCAGGAAGAACCCACCACAAACAAACCAACCCAAUCCCAACAACGCCUCCAGUAGGAAGCCAGGAAAACUGCUACGACACAACCCCCUGAGAAGAGAGGAGACUAGCACGCUGCGACAGCGGGGCGGCUGCAAACCUCAGAGUGCGCUGCGGCCUGAGCUGUACUUCGCCGCUCUCCCGGCAUUAAUUACAUCCUUCACUUUCCUUUUGGGGGAGGGUAAGGAAGGCAUCACCUACGCUGAGUGAAGGCAUCCAACCAUCGAGGAAGAAGUUUCAGAAUGAACCACUGAAUGUUUUGUUCUUUUUUUAAAUUUACUUUGGCACUUAUAAGACUUCAUUUCCAGAUAUUUGGGCAAUCGUGGCUGCUGCGGACAUCUAAGCCUAGCCUCUUGGUAACCUAAUUUUUUUUCUCUCUCUCUCUCACUAUUUCAUCCAUCUCUCCCGCACAAGGAGAGAUUGGUCUUUAUUUUUGCAGGUACUUUUCCCCCAAAAUAAUAUUCUUUCUAAUUUUCUGCGGAAGAAAAAAAAUUCCAAAGAGGGAAAAGAAAAGGCCAGCCGGCUAUAUCAUCAGCCGGUCAGCCCAGGUGGAAAGCAAGAGUGAAAUUGGGGCUUCAGGGGGAACGCACCGCCUUUCCACAGCCGCAGGGCCACCACCAGUGCGUGAGCCUUGGAUCCCUCAACGUAUUGCGAGACGCCGGUGUACAGCCCGGACCUGUGCCCCAACAUGAUCGCCGCUCAGGCCAAGCUGGUUUACCAGCUCAAUAAAUACUACACCGAGCGCUGCCAGGCGCGCAAGGCUGCGAUCGCCAAGACCAUCCGAGAAGUCUGCAAGGUAGUGUCGGAUGUGCUGAAGGAAGUGGAGGUGCAAGAGCCGCGCUUCAUCAGCUCUCUGAGCGAGAUUGACGCCCGCUACGAGGGGCUGGAGGUCAUCUCGCCCACCGAGUUCGAGGUGGUACUCUACCUCAACCAGAUGGGAGUCUUCAACUUCGUGGACGACGGAUCUCUGCCCGGCUGUGCGGUGCUCAAACUAAGCGACGGGCGGAAGCGGAGCAUGUCUCUUUGGGUCGAGUUCAUCACAGCGUCUGGCUACCUCUCUGCACGCAAGAUCCGCUCGCGGUUCCAGACACUGGUAGCCCAGGCGGUGGACAAGUGCAGCUACCGGGACGUGGUCAAAAUGAUCGCCGACACUAGUGAGGUCAAGUUGCGCAUCAGGGAGCGCUACGUGGUGCAAAUCACCCCAGCGUUCAAGUGCACCGGGAUCUGGCCUCGCAGCGCGGCACAGUGGCCUAUGCCCCACAUCCCCUGGCCCGGCCCCAAUCGGGUGGCGGAGGUCAAGGCCGAAGGGUUCAACUUGCUCUCCAAGGAGUGCUACUCGCUGACUGGCAAGCAGAGCUCCGCAGAAAGCGACGCCUGGGUGCUGCAGUUCGGUGAGGCGGAGAACCGCUUGCUCAUGGGCGGCUGCAGAAACAAGUGCCUCUCGGUGCUGAAGACGCUGCGGGACCGCCACCUGGAGCUGCCUGGCCAGCCGCUCAAUAACUACCACAUGAAGACGCUGCUGCUGUACGAGUGCGAGAAACACCCGAGGGAAACGGACUGGGACGAGGCUUGCUUGGGCGACCGUCUGAAUGGCAUCCUGCUACAGCUCAUCUCCUGCCUGCAGUGCCGCCGCUGCCCUCACUACUUUUUGCCCAACCUCGACCUCUUCCAGGGCAAGCCUCACUCGGCCCUGGAGAGCGCUGCCAAGCAGACCUGGAGAUUGGCCAGGGAAAUCCUCACCAAUCCCAAAAGCUUGGACAAACUAUAGAGUGCUGCCGACUGCGUGGAAAGCAACAUAAAUGGGCAUGCUCUCUCAGAGCACACAACAACAGCAAAAACUUUUAUGUAAAUCACCUGAAAGAACCGGAGUAGGCAGAAGACAUCCUAAUUAAGAAGCAAACAAAAGAGGGCAAACCAACCAAUCCCCCCAAAAUCACAUUCUUGAACAAAAAAUGAUCGUUUCCUUCCAAACAAUGUGAAUUUAAAGAUCGCACAAAAGAAGCAAUCCGGCUUUGCCAACACAAAAUGAAACCCAAGGUACAUUUUUCAAAUCAAUGUAUAGUAGCUUCCCCUCUUUUCCUUCUUUACACCCGCCCCUCCUUGUUUUGAGUUGCUUGAAUGAUUGUCACCAAGUGAAAAUAAUUAUUUAACUAUAUGUGAAAUUUCUUUUACAAAGUUUUAAUGAUGUGAAAUGUGUCUCAGUGCCAAUGUCAAUGUGCCCCUGCUUCCUCUUUUUGCACCUCUCCCCCACCCUAAAAUGUCUUGUUGAAACCAGUAAACCAGUAAUAAAAAUAUUACUUUACAUUGUAAUUGGCUGCUUGCGGAUUGUUCUUGAAUGAAGGCAGAUGAGAUCACUUUCUAACUUACAAGAUGUGAAC